AUGGAGGAGAACGUCAUUUACGGCUCUCCGGCCAAUGCCAUCACCCCGGGUAGCAACCCCAUUCUGUCGCAGCCGCCUCUUCAACCAGACCCGUCAGCUGCGCCCGAGACCUCUGAAGAUGUCCAGAUGGUCGAGGCUUCUCUUUCAGAGCCCAACAUCAAGCAGGAUAGUACCACGCCUGCGCCCGGUGGUACUUCAGACAACCCUCUCGAUGCCCCCGAUGGACCGCCUGCUGAGACCACGUUAGCCAAAGAUGAUGAAGAGAUGCGCGAUGCCCCCAAAGAUGGUCAAUCCGGCGAUAAGGACGGCGACGGGGCCGCCGCUGGCGCCGAGGGUGGACAGACGGAAGUCAAGUCGAAAGAGAGCAUAGAGAAUGCCGCGCGCGAACACCUUAUCUCCCAGACACACUCCAUUGUCCUGCCGAGCUACAGUACUUGGUUCGACAUGAACGUCGUCCACAGCAUCGAGAGGAAGGCCAUGCCCGAAUUCUUCAACAGUCGCAACCGAAGCAAAACACCACAUGUCUACAAAGACUAUCGCGACUUCAUGAUUAACACAUACCGUCUGAACCCCAUCGAGUACCUCACUGUAACUGCAUGCAGACGGAAUCUGGCUGGUGACGUGUGCGCCAUCAUGCGUGUUCAUGCAUUCCUUGAGCAAUGGGGCCUAAUCAACUAUCAAGUCGAUGCUGACCAACGACCAUCCCAAGUUGGACCUCCAUUCACUGGUCACUUCCAGGUCAUCUGUGACACCCCCCGUGGACUUCAGCCAUGGCAACCGUCGGCAGACCCUAUCGUGCUGGAGGGCAAGAAGAGCCAAGACACGGAGCAGAAGGCCGCUACCGCUGCUACGGCCGCAGGCGAGCGCAAUCUUGAGAUUGGACGAAAUAUUUACGAAGCCAGUGCCAAGGGAACGAAACUCACCAAGACCGAAUCAAAGACCAACGGCGACGCAACAGCUGUCAAUGGUACUGCCAGCGCUUCUCCAGCUGCUGAGGAUCCUCUGAAGGCGCCUAUUGCCAAGGUUAACUGCCAGCAUUGUGGAGUCGACUGCACCAGGGUUUACUACCAUCUUCCUGAAGCCAACUCGCAGAGCAAGACCAAGUAUGAUGUUUGCCCGAGCUGUCUGCUGCAAGGGCGCAUUCCCAACAACCAGACCAACACCCAAUUCCUCAAAAUGGAGAAUCCCAUGUAUUCUGCCAUUUUGGAUCGUGAUGCGCCCUGGACUGACGCUGAGCUUCUGCGACUCCUGGAAGGUCUGGAGAGAUACGACGACGACUGGGCUCAGAUCGCAGAGCACGUUGGCACGCGAAGCAGAGAGGAGUGUGUGCUUCAAUUCCUUCAACUCGACAUUGAGGACAAGUAUAUCGAGACAGAGGCACCAGUCCACGCACCGACUGGUCUGCAAAUGCUCGGUAGCCACGGUGGCCACCUGCCUUUCAGUCAAGCAGACAACCCGGUCAUGUCUGUCAUUGGGUUCUUGGCAAGCUUGGCAGACCCCAAGAGCACCGCAGCAGCUGCCAGGCAGUCUGUAGAGGAACUCCGCGCUGGUUUGAAAAACAAGAUUGAGGGUGGUGAAGUUGCCAAAAUAAAUGGCAAGGGCAAGGAGAAGGAAAGUGACUCCAUGGAGAUCGAUAUCCGACAGGAGAGCACGACGACUACUACUACCACGACGACAACCACCACCAACACCCUCGCCAGCAUCCCACUUGCCGCCGUUGCUGCCCGUUCUGGCGGUCUUGCUUCGCACGAGGAGCGUGAGAUGACCCGCCUCCUCUCAGCUGCUGUCAACGUCACACUUCAGAAGAUGGAGUUGAAGCUGAAGUAUUUUGACGAGAUGGAAGGCAUUCUGCAAGCCGAGCGACGAGAACUCGAGAGAGGCCGCCAGCAACUCUUCCUUGACCGUCUGGCGUUUAAGAAGAGAGUCCGAGAGACCCAAGAAGGUCUGAAGGCGGCAGCUCUCAAUGGUGGCGAUGUGAAGAUGGCCAUGGGUGGUGAUGGCAAUGGCUUGACGUUUACUUCGACGCCGGCGGCGGGCGCUGUGCAACCCUUGAGCGCUGACGGCCAGAUCAAGAGUUACGAGGCGUAA